AUGAUCUCUGAACUUCGACAGAUGCGCGACUCCAGGACCGCAAGGUCAAGGUGGCAGAAUCAAUUCAUCCAUCCCGUCUCGCACAUUUGUCAUUAUUCUCGGAGAUGUACGGAGGAUGGCAUUCACGACAUUGCUGUUCACCACUCUCCCUUCUCGACGCGCCUCGCAGCAAAAUUAAUAGCCCUCCCAGCCGCCUUCUUCGCAGGCUCCUACAACUUCGCCUUCAGUCAAAACGCAGUCCCAAUCCUCUACUUUCAACCCAGUAGCGUCUCGACCAAAGUCUUCGCACAGGUCUACUACAACGGUCUCAACAUCCUUGCACCAGUCAACGUCCUCGGCGCCGCAGCAUUCGCCUACGGCAUGGCAGUAGGUGCCCACGACACCCGAUUGCGGACCCCAAAAGGGGUUCUCAUGGGCGGUUGGUAA